AUGGCUAAGUUUGCUUCCAUCAUCACCCUCAUCUCCGCUGCCCUCGUUCUCUUUGCUGUGUUUGAAGCACCAACAAGGGUGGAAGGGCAGGAGUUAUGCAGGAAGCCGAGUGGGACAUGGUCAGGACUCUGUGCAAACAGUGAUGGGUGCAGGAAACAGUGCAUCGAUCUAGAGAAAGCACGAGAUGGUGCUUGCAAAUAUGAAUUCCCAGCUCACAAGUGUUUCUGCUACUACCCAUGUUAA